CUCACGGGUUUGUUAUCACAUGAGGGCGGAAUACGGAUCUGUCGGUCUUCGCAUGCCCAAAAAUGUGGCGCCUUAGAUUGGAGAACCGUCGAGGCCGUAACUCUUCUAUCGGACCGGAUACUAGUGUCAUUUGGCUACGGACCGGAGGGCAUAUAAAGGUCGAGCUGACAGUGGACUGAUCAAAAAUCGCAAUGCGACCUGUUCUCCUCCUUCUGGCCUUCUCCACCUGUGUUGUGGCAGAAAACCUCUCCAACAUCCGCUUGUCCGGUCCUUCUACACUCCCUCCAGAUGCAUCUAAAUAUCUUAACCCAGCAUUAGCCAGUUUCAGCAUUGAGACCGCCUUCUGGACCUCAUAUGUCGGGAAUGUGUCUAGUCCUAACAUAUUAACCCAAAACCUGCUGGAGAAUCUUAAAAGCAGAACCGGUGUACCUGCAGAAAUCCGAAUUGGUGGCAUCACUGCCGACUCAACAUACUGGAACUCAAGUUUGGAUGUGGCCUUGUUCAACUUUAUCACUAAUGAUGGAACUCUACAUAACACGACAGUUGGCCCCGAGUUCUGGAAAACCAUGGAUUUGCUACCUGAGGGAACGAGAAUAGUCUUCACCUUGGAUCUCGAAAACCUCAAUUUCGAGGGCACAUUAGAAAUGGCGACAGUUGCCGUAGAGAAUAUGAAGUCCGGGCAGCUGAUUGGAAUGGAAAUCGGAAACGAACCCGAUCAUUACCUCAGCUUCACGCCGCAAAGCUACACCAAUCUUUGGAUGCCUUGGACUAGGAACAUAUCAGACGCGCUGAACAUUAAGAAGCCAUUCUUCCAGAUUGCUGCCACUGCUGACGAUCCGCUUUGGCCUUACGGGACGGCAGCAGCUGAUGCGCAAUUGGAUUGUGUGAGUGCAUUGGCAGCAGGUGCAAAUAAUGACAGCACGGUGAAAACAUGUAGUGAGCACACGUAUCAAUAUAGUGUAUGCGAUCCCGUCCGUCUGCAACAGGCUACACUGGAAAACCUGGUUAAUCAUACUCGUCUGGCUCAGUAUCUUGACUUGUGGCAGCCUCGCAUCCAAAGCGUUCGCGAACAAUUGGGUUCAGAUUCAUUUGUCAUUGGGGAAUAUAAUUCAGUAUCAUGCUCUGGGAGAGACGGGGUCAGCAACACUUUUGGUCAAGCUCUGUGGCUCGUCGAUACCACUCUGUAUGCUGCAUCUAUCAACGUAUCUCGACUGUUCAUCCAUCAGGGCGGUCCGCUGGCUUUGCAAAGCUCAACCCAACUCAACCACGGAGGACUAAGUCUCUACGACCUGUGGUAUCCCAUCGAAAAUCUGAACGGACCAGUUCAAGUAUUCCCAUCCUACUCCGCCUACCUGUUCGUGGCUGAAGCGAUCGGUACCUCUCGAGGCCUUCGAAUAGGGAAUAUCUACCCGGGCCGACAGGCCAACGGGUCAAGCAUCACUACGGGGAUGGGAGAUACAUCCCAAGGACAGCUGGUAGCAUACGGAUUAUGGGAUGAGUCAAAUGCCGAUUACCCUGUGAAAUUGGCUUUACUCAACUUGCAGAGUUAUAACGAGACAACAGACGGGAUAAGACCGAGCACCGCAUUCGACAUUUCGGAGUACCUCUCCGAAGAAGUUCAGGGCUCGGUCAUUCUUCGGAGGUUGCAGGCCCCAGGAGCCAAUGUAAAGGGAGGGAAUGUCACCACGUGGGCAGGACAGACAUAUGCGAAUGGCGUUGCGGAAGGAGAGUUGAUAGAAGAGAAGAUUGACGGGGGAGUAAUCGCGGUCGCAGCAUCAGAGGCAGUUCUGGUUUUCCUCUGAUUUUCAUCAGUAGGCGUAUAGAACAUUAUAUAGUAUUAUGGGGUUACAGAGAAGGUGCAAAGUCAAAAAUUCCAAUGGGUAUUCAAUACGAUUUCAGAC